CAUAGAACGAACAAAAAAAAAUAAAUCAUGGGGAAGCAGACUGAAAACAACAGUCGAAGUAACACUGAGCCAGAUGAUGACUACGAAUUGAAAGUGCUAAUCGACAAGUGUAAUGUGUGUCACUCAAAUUCGGGUACUGACCAUCACAAGCUGUGUAAACAUCACGCAAACAUUAUGCCGAAGCCAAACUCCACUGAAUCAUCAACAACAAACUUUCAAGAUCCCGUGCUAGUGAAUUCCUCUAACUCAAACUUAAACUCAAGAAUGAUUGAAUCAAAUGAGAGAAAUGUGAAAAAGAAAGUUCAAAUCGAUGAUGAAUGUGAUUCAAUCGGAGAUUUAAUUGGACAUUACGGGAAGUGGCAGUUCGUCAUGACAAUUCUUUUAUCUCUUUUUCAAGUGCCAAACACAUUUCACAUCUUCUCACCGACAUUUCAAGCAGCAGACAAAGACUUUUGGUGUAAACGACCGCCAAAUCUAUUAAGCAACGUCACAAGUAUAGAAGCUUGGCGUGAUGUUUCAAAUUCAACAGAAAAUUGUUACAGAUAUGAUUACGAGUGGUCCACAUUAUCAUCUCGUCAAAUAAAUGAAAAUUAUUCAAUUCCAAAUACAACAAAGAUGAUAGAAUGUCAAGAGUGGGAAUUCAACAUGACGGAUGGUCUGGGCAAUACGUGGAAUAGCGAAUGGAAUUUAGUUUGCGAUAAGAAAUAUUUGAAGAUUGUUGCUGAAAUGAUUUUUCUCAUCGGUGUCGCAACCGGUGGCAUCAUCUCGGGAAUGCUUUCGGAUAAGUUUGGUCGUAAAAAAAUGCUUUUCAUCUCUGCUGUGUUCCAAUCAUUUUUCGGUCUCGCUUUAUACUUUGUGGAAUCGUUCGAGAUCUAUUUAGUAUUGCGGGCACUUUUGGGCAUAGCAUCAGUGUCAGUGACGUAUUCAGGAUUAAUUCUAGCGAUUGAAUAUGUUGAUGGCGUUUGGCGAACAAUUGCUGGAAUGUACAACUUAUUUCCACUGCCACUCUCAUACAUCAUGAUAUCAGGCAUCGCUUACUUAACGCAAGAUUACAAAUAUUUGCAGUUGUGUAUAGGAUUGCCGGGAGUGUUUUUAUGUCUUCUUUGGUUUGUCGUUCCCGAGUCACCACGAUGGCUGCUUUGUAAGGGUCGUGUUAGUGAAGUGAAGCAAAUUAUUAAGAAAGCUGCGCAUUUUAAUGGACGUGAAUUACCUGAAAAUCUUGACAAAUAUUUAAAGCCACCCUGCAAUGCUGAAGAGUCGGAAUCAGGGGUCAUUGAACUCUUCCGUACAAAAUAUCUUCGAAGAGUUACAUUCUGCUUCCUCUGCAUUUGGUUUACAAUGAAUCUCGUCUACUACGGCCUAGUACUCAACAUGAACAGCUUUGGAGGCAACAUUUAUGUCAAUAGCGCUUUAGCUGGUCUCGUUGAGAUACCAGCAAUUGGAAUAGCGAUGUACAUCAUCAUGAAGACAGGAAAAAAAUGGCUUUUCUCAGCAACUUUCCUAGCAACAGGCAUUUCAUGUUUCUUUGCUACAAUUUUUGAAGGAAACGUUCACAUGUUGUGGUUGAAAAUUACUUUCGUCAUGAUCGGAAAAUUCACUAUAAGCGCAGGCAAUACAAUCAUGCCAGUUUACACAGCUGAAUUAUAUCCAACGUCGAUUCGCAAUAUUGGAGUUGGCGCUUGCAACGUUGCCGCUGGAAUGGCACUCGUUUUAACUCCAGCAUUAUCUGAACUGCCUACAGUUUGUUUGUAUACGAACACAAUCAACUUCCCACAAGUGCAAAAACUUCAAAACUACUUAAUAGCUUUAUUAAAAUGUACAAGAAAAAUAUUUUUCCAUUCAGUCUUUAUUUGGAGCUUAAACAUGGAGGAUGCGAGCAUUGAAGUUCCGCCGCAAGUGCAAUGGAAUCGAAGUCAAGCAUAUUUGGCGAACUGUUUACAAAUCAGUGACAAAAAUAAAUUUGAUAAAUCGAGUAUUUUUACAAUCGGUGGAAAUUCACAAAUUGGACUUGUUGCCAAUUCAGAAAGUGGUGAUAGUGAAGAUAAUGAAGAUGAAAGUGACAUCAUUUCAGAAUAUAUCGGACACAUCGGUCCAUGGCAAUUACUUUGGGCGAUCAUCAUGUGCCUGUUUCAAUUUCCAACAACUUUUCACAUCUUUGCUUUAGUCUUUCAAGCUGCGCCAAAAGAUUUUUGGUGUUCACGACCGGAGAACUUGAAAAUGAUUUCCGUCGAUCUAUGGCGAAACUUAACGCAACCUCAAGAUCAAUGCACAAUUCUUAACGCACCUUACGCAACACUCGAUGCCUUCACUUUCAGUGAUUUCUUUGCCAACACAUCAAACAUCGAGUUAAGUAAAUGCAAGUCAUGGGAAUUCGACAUGAGCUUGAUUGGAAAGACAUUAAUAUCGGAAUGGAAUUUAGUUUGUGAUCGAUUGUAUUUGGGUAGUGUCGUUGAGUCUUGCUUUUUAGCGGGGGCGGGAUUAGGAAGUGUAACAAGUGGCUGGAUAAGCGACCAACAUGGAAGAAAAAAUACUUUAAUGACAUUUGCAAGCAUUCAACUUGUUGCUGGCAUAAUGUUGGGAAUGUGUGCUUCACUUGAACUUUAUAUGAUGCUUCGUGUUAUAAUUGGGUUUUGUUCGAUGGCUGUUGUAGUUGUUAGCUUUGUUUUAUGCGUUGAACUUGUUAGUGGCAAGUGGCGUACAAUCAUUGGGAUUAUGAACAUCUUCCCAGUUGCAAUAGCAUAUAUCGUUUGUGCGGGAAUCUCAUAUCUCACUUAUAAUUGGCGUACGAUGCAAUUUGUUAUAACAUUUCCAACUUUAUUGCUUCUGUGCCUUUGGCCAUCAAUGCCUGAAUCUCCAAGAUGGUUACUGGCACGUGGAAAGAUUGACGAGCUGGCAGUGAUUAUCGAGAAAGCAAGCGUGUGGAACAAACGAAAAUUACCAAGAAACUUCAAAAAGACGUUGAACGUUUCUCAAGCCGACACCGAACGGCGAGUGUCAAUUUUCGAUCUAUUUCAGAAAGGAUAUAAGCGAACAACGUUCUUGAUGACGAUUAUCUGGUUCUCAAUUAUCCUCAUUUACUUCGGCAUCACGUUACACAUGAGCUCUUUGGGCGGAAAUGUCUACAUUAACACGAUCAUUGCCGGGUCGGUGGAGGCGUGUAGCAUUGCAUUCAGUGUUUUAGUGGUACUUAAGUUGGGUCUUCGUGUCAAUUUGUUCAUUUACUUAAUUAUCGCUGGUGCUGCUUGUCUAUUGAUUAACCUUGCAAGAGCUGAUAAUUUGUUUCUUACAAUUGGCUUAGCAAUGAUCGUUAAGAUAAGUGUCGGUGCAUGUAAUGCUCUCAUUCCAACUUAUACAGCGGAACAAUAUCCAGUUUACAUGAGAAAUCUUGGAAUUGGAGCUGGAAAUUUCGCUGCAGGCUUUGCCUUGGUUCUUGUUCCUUACAUAUUUUUGUUGGAACACAUCGACAUUCAUCUUCCCAUGUCAAUAAUGGGAGUUGUAGGUGGAAUAGGAGGAAUUUCAAUUUUACUAAUUAAAAAGAAAUCGAUGAAGAAGCCGCAAACUUUUACACGACCAGAUACGCCACAUGUCAACAAUGGAUAUGUCUUCUAUUGUCUGGCGACGACGCUCGCACAAUUCGAUGGCCCCAUUCCACCUCGUUUAAAUAUUCCUGGUGCUAUUCCAUUACCUGUUCUAAGAGGAAAUCAACAAGGUAGAGCACUUGGAGGUCAACAAAUUAAGGUCAGACGGCCUCAAAGACCGCAACCUGUCAUUACAGAAGCUCGCUUUAUAGAUGAAGCUAAACCUGUGACAGAAGAAGCAGAAGAUGAAUAUGUUCAACAUCAGCCAGCUCAACCAGCACCACCACGAGCUUUGUUCACUUCAGAACCCCAAGACAAUUAUCAAUCUCAGGAACAGUCAAAUGCUCAACGAUUCAACAUCGAACGGCCGAGACCAGCACCCCAACGCAACAUUCCACAACCCCAACCACAAAGACCUCGUGCUCAAAUCUACGACGAACCAAGAGCACAACAGAAACCACAUCAUUCAGAUGACAAGCCCAAGAAGCCAGUUGCACAAAUUUUGAGAAAAUAUCGCGAAGAAAAUCCGGACGGUUCCAUUACUUGGGGUUUCGAAAAUGAUGAUGGAUCAUUCAAGGAAGAAACUAUCGGCAUUGAUUGUAUCACUAGAGGAAUUUACGGUUAUGUGGAUCCAGAUGGCGAGAAAAGGGAAUACAAAUACGAGACUGGAAUCUUAUGUGAUCCCGACAAGAGAGAUCAAGAAGAAGAAGAAGAUAUCGAAUCUGAAGAUUUUCUUGCAAACUUAAAAGCUCAACAGCAAGCAAAACGACCACAACAGGGUCAACAGUUUUAUAGAAAUUAAAAGCAUCUGAAGUUGAGCAACGAUUAAAUGCAUCAAAUAACAUUUUAAGAAAGAUUUAACAAAACAAUGUAAAUUCAUUAUCAGAGCAUUUUUCAUUCAUCGUGUAAUUUUAGAAAAAAGAUCAUAAAAUAAAACAAAUAAAUUAAUAAAUAAAAGGGUUUUGUUUGACCUUUUUAUGAGUAAAAUACUGAU